CUGCAGAGGGCCCUGUCUGCCUGUCUCCCUCCCACUGCCCCCGGACGGACGGCGAAAUGUCCCGUGGGUCCAGCGCCGGCUUCGAUCGCCACAUCACCAUCUUCUCCCCCGAGGGGCGUCUCUACCAAGUGGGUUUUUGUCUGUGAAGCCCUGAUGGAAAGCCCUUGAGAAGUGCCAGCACCUCCCUCUCUCUUCUUCCAUUUACCGAUUGCUGUCUCCGGUUGCAGAAUAUGCCUUCAAAGCCAUCAGCCAGGGGGGGCUGACCACCGUGGCCGUGAGGGGGGAGGACUCUGUGGCCAUGGUCACCCAGAAAAAAGUGCCGGAUAAGCUCCUGGAUCCCAGCACGGUCACCAACCUGUAUCGCUUGACGGAGACCAUCGGCUGCGCCAUGACUGGCAUGAGCGCCGACGGCCGGUCCCAGGUGCAGCGCGCCCGGCACGAGGCUGCCAAGUGGAAGUACAAGAAGGGCUACGAGAUCCCGGUGGCGAUGCUGUGCCGGCGCAUGGCUGAUAUCUCCCAGGUCUACACGCAGAACGCCGAGAUGAGACCCCUGGGCUGCUGUAUGAUCCUGAUCGGGAUCGACCAGGAACUGGGGCCCCAGCUGUUUAAAUGCGACCCAGCGGGCUACUACUGUGGCUAUAAAGCGACCACUGCUGGGGUGAAGCAGACCGAAGUUAACAGCUUCCUGGAGAAGACCUUGAAGAAGAAACAGGGCUCACCUGUGGAUCCUGUAGAGCUGGCGAUUACUUGCUUAUCAACGGUCCUCUCCAUGGACUUCAAGGCCAGUGAGAUUGAAGUGGGGAUAGUAACAUCAGAGCAUCCCCAAUUCCGGACACUGAGCGAGUAUGAGAUCGAGCGUCACCUGGUCACCAUCGCAGAACGGGAAUGACCUCAAUAACCACUGAGUCCUUCAGGACAAGAAACCACUUCUGAAAGGGACCCCUCAAAAGCCUGGAUCUUAGUUAUCACAUUAACAUGUGGAUUCCCCCACAGUAAUCCACUUACAGCAGGGCUAAUGUCAUGAUAGCCUGCAGUGCUUUUUAAAAUGUUUAAUUUAGAA